AAUAAGGAACUACUCUGACAACCGUAAAAAUUUAACAUAACCUCAAUGUGUCAAUUAUUUGUAUAUGCGAAUUAACUUUCGUUUCAAGCAAAUUGAAUAUUGGCAAGGCUUUUAAUAAUGCCUGGUCCAAGCGAAACGCCAGCCUCUCAGAGGCUUACUAACGAUGACUUCAGAAAACUUCUAAUGACGCCUCGAGCAACACCUUCAAGUGCCCCAGCAGUGGGUUCGAUAAGAGAAGCGAUGGCCAACGCAACGUCGAUGCCACCUCCAAAGGAAGACGCGAACGAGGCGCGACGCAAAAAGAAAAGCUACUACGCCAAAUUGAAAAAACAAGAAGACAACAAACUGGCCGAGUUAGCCGAAAAGUACAGGGAUCGCGCCAGCGAACGAAGAAAUGGCGUCAACCCGGACUAUCAAAAUGUCGACCCGAUGAACGCCGCCCAGGCGUACAGAGCGGUCGCACCAGACCUCAAAUCGGGCUUCGACGCUGCAGAACGCCGAAAGCAGAUGAUCCAGGAGUCAAAAUAUCUCGGCGGUGACAUGGAGCACACCCAUUUAGUAAAAGGUCUCGAUUACGCCCUCUUACAGAAGGUUCGUGCAGAAAUUGUUCAAAGAGAGACCGAGCAGGAGAUCGAAUUGGAGCGACUUGCUAUCAAACAGGCCGAAGAGCCAGAGAAGAAGGAGGAGGUGUCGAAGAAAGAAGAUGAAGAGAUUCAAUUUAAGACGAAGAUCGGACGGUCCAUUCAUCGUACAAUUUGUACUUUAAAGUCUCGUCAUAUUGAAAGGAAUGAACUGUUUGCUCAUGGUCGUAUGGCAUAUGUCAUCGAUUUAGAUGACGAAUCCGAAUCCGAUAUACCCACAAACAUCAUCCGAUCCAAAGCGGAUGUCCCCACCUCCGAGGCAACGACCACCCUAACAACAAACGACAUCGUCAUCAACAAACUAACGCAAAUUCUCAGCUAUUUACGCCAGGGUAAUCGCAAAAACAAGAAAAACAAGCGCGGCGCUACCGACCGUAAGGAUUACGAGGACGCGGAAGUGGUGGACGAACGUAAGCGCAAACGAUCAAAUCAAGAGGAUUCCAUUUACGGAGAUAUCGGCGAUUACGUUCCAACAACGAGAAGAUCGCAGGACUCUAAAGAGAGCCGCAAACGUCAGCCGUACUUUGAUAAGCGCGAAGAGGACUUUAAGGAUGUGGGCCCUAGUCUCAAGUUCAACAAAUCGGCGCAAAUAUUGAAUAAGCUGACGCAGGAACCCGAAGGUUACGCCGAGUGCUAUCCUGGUUUAGAAGAGAUGAACGACGCAAUUGACGAUUCGGAUGAUGAAGUCGAUUACUCCAAAAUGGAUCUGGGCAACAAGAAGGGACCGAUUGGGCGUUGGGACUUUGAUACUGCCGAAGAAUAUUCGGAAUAUAUGAACCAGAAGGAAGCGCUCCCAAAAGCUGCGUUCCAAUAUGGAAUAAAAAUGACGGACGGAAGGCGAUCACGCAAGCACAAGGAGAAGAACGAGAAAGCGCAUUUGGAUCGGGAAUGGCAAAAAAUACAAAACAUCAUUAGUAAACGUUAAGUUUAUUUAUAGCGUGUAAAAUAUAAAUAAAGUUCUUAGUACUCUC